AUCAUGUGCGAGAGUUCACGUGCGGCCGUCUGUACUACCGGACUUUCCACAUGGACGAGGCCAGGGAUAUGCUCUAUGUGGGCGCCAUGGAUAAAGUUAUUCGAGUUAACAUGAACAACGUCAGCCAGACGAACUGCGAGACGGACUCGAUGCUGCUGGAGCCGACGAGCGUGUCGAGCUGCGUGUCGCGAGGGAAGUCCGAGCACUUCGACUGCCGGAACCACAUCCGCGUGAUCCAGCCCAUGUCCAAGAACCGCCUGUAUAUAUGCGGCACCAACGCCCACAACCCGAAGGACUGGGUCAUCUAUGCCAACAUGACGCACCUGGCGCGGCACGAGCACGUGCCCGGCAUCGGCUCGGGCGUGGCCAAGUGCCCCUUCGACCCCGCCGACAACAGCACGGCCGUGUGGGUGGAGCACGGCAACCCCGGGGGCCUGCCCGGCCUCUACUCGGGCACCGUGGCCGAGUUCACCAAGGCGGACACGGUCAUCUUCCGGGCUGACCUCUACAACUUCACCACCAAGCGGCGCGAGUACCCGUUCAAGAGGACCAUUAAGUACGACUCCAAGUGGCUGGACAAGCCCAACUUCGUGGGAUCGUACGAGGUGGGCGAGUACGUGAUGUUCUUCUUCCGCGAGACGGCCGUCGAGUACAUCAACUGCGGCAAGAACGUCUACUCGCGCGUGGCCCGCGUGUGCAAGAAGGACACGGGCGGCAAGAACAUCCUCGUGCAGAACUGGGCGACCUACCUCAAGGCCAGACUCAACUGCUCCAUCCCGGGAGAGUUCCCCUUCUACUUCAACGAGAUCCAGUCCGUGUACAAGAUCCCCGGCGACGACUCCCGCUUCUACGCUGUCUUCACCACGAGCAUGAACGGCCUCAUGGGGUCGGCCAUCUGCACCUUCAGCCUGGACGACAUCCAAGACGCGUUCCUGGGGCGCUUCAAGGAGCAGGCCACGUCGUCGUCCGCCUGGCUGCCGGUCCUCACGUCCAAGGUGCCCGAGCCCAGGCCAGGCCAGUGUGUCAACGACACGCAGACUCUUCCAGACAACGUGCUGACAUUCCUCCAGUCGCAUCCCCUGAUGGACGAAGCAGUGGCUCAUGAACACAACAAGCCAGUGUUCUUCAAGCGGGAUCUUAUCUUCACACACCUGGUGGUAGAUAAGGUUACUGGAGGCACUUAUGGUCAAGAGAACACUUAUACCGUUUAUUAUGCUGGUUCAUUGGAAGGCCGUGUCUAUAAGGUGGUUGAGUGGUUGGAUUCAGAUGGAGUUUCUCAUUCUGAACUUCUUGACGUGUAUGAAGUUACAACUCCAGAACCCAUUAGAGCUAUUCAAAUCUCCAAGAAGCACAAGUCACUGUAUGUCUCAUCGGAUACACGAGUGCGCCAAGUGGAUCUCUACAUGUGUAAGGGGAGAUAUGACAACUGCCUUCGCUGCUCACAUGACCCAUACUGUGGAUGGGACAAGGAUGCUAAUACCUGCAAACCUUAUGAGCCAGGACUUCUGCAAGAUGUCAUGGGAACAACCCCUGGUCUCUGUGACGCGUGCAUUGCGAAGAAGAAAAUGGUAGUGACCUGGGGGCAGAGUAUCCAUUUAGGCUGUGCAGUGAAACUUCCCCGUCCGAUUUCCCUCAAGGAUAUUACUUGGCAUCACUAUUCUAAGGAUAAGGGCAAAUACCAGAUUAGAUACAGGCCAGACAAAUAUAUUGAGACUUCAGAACAUGGCUUGGUGGUGAUGAAUGUAAAUGAAGCUGAUGCUGGUCGUUAUGACUGCAAGAUGGGAGGAGAUAUUGUCUGCUCAUACAACAUUACUGUUGAUGCACACCGCUGCUCUGCACCUGCUCGCACUAAUGAUUUCCAGAAGGUGUAUAGCGACUGGUGCCAUGAAUUUGAGAAAUACAAGCUAGCCAUGAAGACGUGGGAAAGGAAGCAAGCGCAAUGUGCCAAUAGGAAUAACAUCAGCCAGCAGAACAGCCAUCCCAAUGACAUUUAUCAGAGGAGCAAUCCCUUCGUCUGAUUACACCAAGAAAGUAUAACUAUUGUCAAGGAGUAGAAGGGUCAGGAAUUCUCCUUCCUCGAGAUGGUCUAGAAUUUGCCUGGUAUUUUUAGUUCAGCUACUUAAAUUAUUACUACACACUGGAAACAUGUUUUGUGUUGACAAUCACCAUCUUCAGUGACAAGUGACUUCCUUUACAACAAGUGAAUUCAUUAGCUCUGUCACAGAGAAUACUGCCAAAAACAGGCAUGUAAUAGUAUUGAUUUUUUUUUUUUUUUACCAAUUGUUUGUUUCCACAUUAAGAUCAUAUGAAAUUUUAAUGUAAUCAAUCAUGGUGCCACCAAAAAAAUGGGUGCUAGCAAGAACUGGUGCCAUGUGCACAGAAAAUGAUCUCUUACAGUAUAUCUUAUGCUAAAGUUCUGACAGGCAACUUGACCCAAACUCCAGUAACAAUCAGGGUACCAUAAGCUAUUGACUAAUUCAUUUUAAUUUACCAAUCUGGUAAAAUCUU